AUGCGUCAAUUAACCGAGGAAGAGUUGAAGACUAUGCUUGGCAAGCUGGCCAUUUACACCGGCCGCUCCUUGAACAACCUCAUUACCUCCGAAGACGAGGGCGAUCGAUACGUUUUCCGACUGCACGGCAACCGCGUCUAUUAUAUGAGACUGUCGCUGGCCAACCUGGCCACGUCGAUUCCUCGCGCGAACCUCCUGACCGUCGGAACCUGCAUGGGCAAGUUCACCAAGACGGGCAAAUUCCGCGUCCAUCUCACGGCCCUCGAUAUCAUUGCGCCCCACGCCCGCUACAAGGUCUGGAUCCGCGACAACGGCCAGAUGCCCUUCCUGUACGGUUCAAGUGUGCUCGGUGCCCAUGUGGGACGAUGGAGCGAGGAUAUUCCGGAGCACCAGGGUGUGGUGGUCUACAACAUGGACGAUACUCCUUUGGGCUUUGGAAUCACCGCGCGAUCCACGGCAGAGUUGAAGAAACUCGCUCCUACGUCGAUUGCUGUGCACCGGCAAUCUGAUCUGGGCGAGUAUCUCAGAGAGGAAGAUACUCUGUUCACGACGUAG